ACCGCUGUAUAAUGGGCCAAGGGGCUCACAUCACUCGGACACAGGGAGAGAGUAAGAAAGAAAAGAAGGGAGGGAGGAUGAAAACCUACUGUAGGAUACACAGAUAUGGGAACUAGAAGUUCUUCUGUAAAAUUGCUUUUUUAUAAGAUAAAACAAUAAGUUCAAUUGAGAGCUCUUAAAAAUUGACACCGUCUUAUUUGCAGUUGAUUCACACUGGCCCUAUCAACGAGACCGCGGUAACACCACGAAUUGAUAGGAGUCGCAGUUAUCCCCCCUAACAUUGCAUCAUCGCGUGAAGGGCGCGUGAAGUGACGCGUGAAGUACAAUAUUGGUCGAUUGGUCGUUGAGCGACGAGGUUGUUUGCUUGGAACUUUGGCACAGCAUUUCAAAUUUUCUACCACCUGGAAAGGUUAAAGGACUCGAUAGUACUAAGUUGUCAAAAUGACCUGGGAAAGCAUAAAGAACCGCAUCAAGAACACUUUUUCUGGCAUUUCCAUUGUCACAUACGUACUCGUUGUGAUAUUCGGCACUGGUUCAUGGAUCGCGAUCAACGGACUGUGGGUCGAGUUACCCAUAAUUGUUCAAGAAAUCCCUGAAAGUUGGUCUCUGCCAUCCUACCUAACCGUUAUAAUUCAACUGGCCAACAUAGCGCCUUUGGCAUUUACUCUGGGAAAUAAAUUCUUCCCACGUGUAGUUCGCGAGGUACCGGUCAUUUACAUCAGCGUUCUUGUUGGAAUCGCCGCAUGUGCGCUUUUGGCGUUUUUCUGGAAAGAAACGAGCUUCAUCGCAGGAGCUGAACGGAGCACUGCGCUUUUGGUUCUGUGUUUCUUUCUUGCCACGGUAGAUUGUACCUCUUCUGUCGCGUUCCUACCAUACAUGGCAAUCUUCCGAGCAGUAUACAUGAGCCCAUACUUCGCUGGUGAAGGAUUAAGUGGCCUUUUGCCAAGUCUUGUAGCCUUGGCGCAGGGUGUGGGAGGGGGGUCACACACCUCCUGUGUAAACCCCACUCAAGCUCCCGUGAAUACCACUGAUCAAACUUCGGGAAAUGAUACCAGCUCUGGUAGCUGGGGACCUGGUCCAAAGUUCUCUGCAGAAGUGUUCUUUUGGUUUCUGACUGGAAUGAUGGUAGCCUGUGGCUUGGCCUUUCUGGGCCUGAAUCACCUGCCUGUGGCCAAACGACAGCAGGUAAAGCACAGUACAUAUGACCUGGAUGCCAAACAGACCCAGACACACGAGGAAGGCAUAGAGCUUGGCUCUAAUGAGGAGAAGAAAAGCAACCCUGAUAAAGAUGACGACACUGGAAAUUUGUCCACCAUCAGUAUCAUCAUUCUUCUGGUGAUUUUAGCCGUAGUCAGUGGGUUGAGCAAUGGAGUCAUACCAGCUAUCCAGUCGUAUGCCUGUAUACCUUACAGCUAUUACAUUUAUCAUCUAACGCUCACGCUGUCUAACAUCGCCAAUCCAGUCACCUGCUUGGUGUUUCCAUUUAUCCGAACCCAAUCAACAGUCGUCAUAGAAGUGCUGUGUUGUGUGUAUCUUGGUAUGUGCACAUACAUUAUUGUUAUAGCGUCACAGAGUCCCAAUGUGCUGUUACGAUGUGAAGAUUUGGGCGCUGUUUUGAUUGUUUUGAUCAGCGUCAGUGCUGUUAUUGUGGUAACGUACAUCAAAGUUGCAAUUGGGGCGAUGAUGCGCGAGAAAGGUCGCAAUCACCUUCUGUGGUAUGGUGUCAGUGAACAAAUUGGGUCUUUCGUUGGUGCGCUGGCCAUUUUUGCUCCAGUGAAUGUCUACCACCACUUCAAACAAGAGUGAGAAAGCUUCGCCUGGAGGAUGGAGGUUUUGAAUCAAGUUUUCUUUUCAGAAUUACAGAGUAAAAUAGCUUUAAUGUAUGAAUGCAUGAAGGGACAUGCUGUAGAACACCACAGUGACAUGUGGCAGGGACAAAAUCACAACAUGUAUCUACAGGGUUGGAUCUAGAGGGAGAUUGCAGGGGUGCACCUCCCCUCCCCCCCCCCCCCC